AUGAACCCUGCCAUGUCAUCUAGCCAGCCCCCUCACAAAAUCCACAUCUCCUCAGCCGCCGCCAAAACAUUCACCCAAAAUCUCCUCGUGGCCCACGGCGUCCCUCCACAGAAUGCCUCCAUCAUAGCCCAUGCCCUCGUCCUCGCCGACCUACGCGGCGUCGACACUCACGGCAUCAUGCGUCUUGAACCCUACAUCAAACGCAUCCGCUCCAAAGCUCUGGAUCCGCGCUCGUCUCCCACUUUGCAUCAAGUCACGCCCGUAGUUGCUCAAGUCGAUGGGAACAACUCUUUUGGUUUCCUAGGCGCACAUAUGGGUAUGCAAGCCGCUAUUAAAAUGGCGCAGACUUUCGGGAUUGGGAUGGUUAGCGUCAAGCAUUCUAAUCAUUUCGGGAUGAGUGCGUGGAUUGUGCAGCAGGCCAUCGACGCUGAUAUGAUGAGUCUGGUGUUUACGAAUUCCUCUCCAGCACUGCCUGUUUGGGGUGGCAAGGAGAAGUUGAUGGGUGUCAGCCCGAUUGCGUGUGGUGCUCCUGGUGCUGAGGGAGGCAAGCCGUUCAUUCUUGAUAUGGCGCCGAGUGUUGCUGCGAGAGGUAAGAUCCAUAAGGCGGCUAGGAGGGGCGAGAGAAUUCCGCUUGACUGGGCGUUGGAUAAGGAUGGUGAGAGGACGGAUGUUCCCGAGAAGGCGUUGCAGGGUGUGAUGUUACCCAUGGGUGGGCCGAAAGGCAGUGGGUUGAGUAUCAUGAUGGAUGUGUUUUCGGGCGUAUUGUCAGGUAGUGCGUUUGCGGGCGGCGUAACUGGCCCGUAUGAUACCUGUGGGAAGGAGGCGGAUGUGGGACAUUUCUUGGUGGCUAUCAAGCCGGAUUUGUUUAUGGGUUUGCAGGACUUCAAGGAGAGGAUGGGGGUACUGUAUGAAAAAGUUGUUGGGUGUGAGAGGAUGAAGGGAGUGGAGAGGAUAUAUUUUCCCGGUGAGAUCGAGCAGGAUAUGUGUGAGGAGAGGUUGAAGAGUGGUAUUCCGUUUGUGGAGGCCGAAAUUGAGGUGUUAAAUAGGGAGGCUGAGGCAGUUGGGUGUGCCAGAAUAGAGACAAUGUCUUGA